AUGGCAGGAGCACUCAUCGCUUCAAUCUUCGCUCUCCUAGUAGUCUCAUCCGUUGCUCAAUCUCCCGUGGGAGCACCAGCCAACGCACCAAUGACUCCACCAACAGUCGUAGCAACUCCACCACCAAUGACCAUGGCACCACCACCAAUGACCAUGGCACCACCACCAAUGACCAUGACACCACCACCAAUGGCUGCUACUCCACCAACAAUGGCCGCUACUCCACCAACAAUGGCUGCUACUCCACCAACAAUGUCCGCUUCUCCCGUCGGAUCUCCUACUUCCACCGCAUCACCUCCUUCUCCACCUACCGCUGAUUCUCCCGCCGCCGGUCCAGGAGUCGCCGCUGGUCCAGGAGUCGCCGCCGGUCCAGGAGUCGCCGCCGGUCCAGGAGGAGCUGUAAGUCCAUCAAGUGACUCAAACGACGCCGUUUCAUUCAACAGAAUCGCCGUUGUUGGUGGAUCUGCUGCUGCUGUUGUUUUGGCUUCCGUAUUGAUGUUCUAG